AUGGAUGGCAGACAAGCGAACGGCCACGCCAACGCCAACGCCAGCAGCAGUACCUCAAUGGCGAGUGCCAAUGCGAGUUCCACUUCGAGCGCGCGGUGGGAGGAGGAGCGAUUCCCGGACAUUGUGGUGGGAAUUGAUUUUGGAAUGACGUGCACUGGCGUCGCAUACACGAUCGGACCGGAAUGGGGCCCUCCCAAGACGAUCCAGCGCUGGCCUGGCAAACUGCUCAGCGAACUGGCCAACAAAGUCCCCACAGUGCUGCUAUACGAACCGGACGGGAAGACAGUCAAGGAAUGGGGGUUCGGAUGCGACUCCGCGGACGACGGCGCCGAUAUCAAGGAAUUCUUCAAGCUGCACCUGGCAGUACAGUCUGACAGCGAUGGGCCGGGCAUCAGCAAGCAGGAGGCAAGGCGCUGGUUCAAGGACUACAUUACCUCAAUCUACAGCCACGUCGUGACGCAUUUCGGCAAUACAAUCCCCGGGUUCGACCGGAUGCGCGUGGAGUUUAUCUUCAGUGUGCCGACGACGUGGAAGGACGUGCGCAUGAUCGAGGAGAUACGUGCCCUGAUUAACGCGGCCAUUGGAGGACCGUACCAUUGGGCUUGUAUAGGGCUGACCGAGGCGGAGGCGGCGGCGGUUUAUGCCUGUCGCGACUACUACCGGACGAGUGAUAUUGUCCUGGUUUGCGAUUCGGGGGGUGGCACGACGGAUGUCAACGUGCUGAAACUGGCUUCAGACCGCGGGCAGCCAUUACAGCUGGAGCAGCUGGGGAAUGUCGAAGGACGCCCGAUCGGAUCCGUCUUCAUCGACCGUGCAAUAUAUAAAAUCACCGCCGAGCGCCUAUCCAAAGUUAAAGACGAGCUGACGCAAUCCCCUGAACACAUCGCCUGGAAGAUGCUCUCCGGUCCCUUCCAACGACUCAAAUGCGCAUACGGAACUGAAGCAACAAAGACGCCAACGCUGAGCUUGGAGGUUCCCUGCCUGAAAGUCCCAGGGGCAGAUCUUCCUACUGCAGGAAUCUAUUCUGGACAGAUGCGGCUGCAAUGGGAGUACAUGAAGCACGCCUUCGACAAGAAAAUAGGAGAGAUGUGCCAUCUGCUCGACGGCCAGAUCCAGCAGAUGGAUACAAAGUACCCACAUACUCGAAUAUCAUACCUCGUUCUCUCCGGCGGCUUCGGAAGCUCGCCGUACGUCAGGGAGUGCUUGCACCAACGAUACGCAAUCCCAGGCGUAGCAAAACACUCCAACGUAAUGGGACUGCAAGUCCUGAUGGUCGAAGAACCUCAACUCGCCGUGGUGCACGGGCUCGUCCUCGACCGCAUCCAGCAGCUCAAGCAAGGCGUCGUGAUGUUCGGAUCGCGAUGCUCUCCGGUAAGCUACGGGAUUGUGUGCGACCUGCUCUACGAUCCGGUUAAGCAUUUGGGCGAGAAGGUCCGACGCGAUCCGCGCGAUGAUAAUCUCUACGCGAUUGACCAGGUGGAGUGGUUGAUUAUCCAGGGCUCCGCGGUCCCUCACACAGGUAUAUCAAAAGACUUCCAGCUGAAAAUGAAACCCGGCGAAGAGGAUCUGCCGUGGAAAGUGCACAUCGUGAUGUCUACGAGUCCACCGCACCAGCUCCCGCAGAGCUUAGAGGGUAAAGGCGUGCAGCAUGUCUGCAGCCUGGAUGUAAACACCGACAAUGUGGACCGGAAGAUGAAGAAUCGGCGGUGGUUUAACAUGCGUCCGCGGUAUUGGCGGGCAACCUUUGACGUCAGGGUAGUCGUGGGCGCGGCGGAUCUUACGUUCCAGCUAUGGUCGAAGGAUCAGAGGAUUAGGAGUGGUGGGCAUGAGCCGAUUAGAGUGCAGUGGAUGCCUGCGGAGGAAUUGAAUGGGGGGUUGAUAAUGAAUUAA